AAGGAGCAGUUCUUGAGGCUGUUUUCAUCGCAUCUUUUGGGAUCUCAAGCAAGAUGUUCAAGUUUGUGGCCCUUUUCUGCCUGUGCAGUGUGGCAUAUUGUGGGGAUCCGUACCCCAUGCUAAUGCAAUGGUGUAAGACUGGUUUCUAUCAAGAGCCAACUGACGCCUGUUGUUACUACCAACAAUGUGAAGCGGACAAAUUGCAUGCCUACAACAGGACUUGUUACUGGGGUGACGAGAAACUCUAUUGGAACACUGAACUCUGCGCUUGUGCCACUUAUUGGACACCUGGGUCAUGUGAUGAUUCUAAGAAUCACUUAUGUGAACCAGGAUUCCAUCCCCAUCAUAAUAGGUGUCAUGCUGAUCCAGCAAAGAAUGAAUGCUGUCUAACAGGAGUUGAUUAUGAUAACCAUACUCAGGGUUAUGGACCUAAGUAUGUAAGAGAUAGUUUCAACAUCAGCAAAUACUACAUACCAAAAUGGCAUGAGUAUGGAUACUGCCCAUGGCCUGGAACUUUCAGUUUGAAAUACUGCGCAUGUGAACAUCUAAAUACCACAUGUGCCUGUGCACAUUGGGACUUCUUUGCACCCGACCCAUUACUGGAUGAUGGCACAUACAUGAGUGAAGGCAACUGUGAAGCUGGUGGAAAUGGGCAGCUUGUAUGCCCUCAAAUAUUUCCACCUAUACCUGCUGAAAUCCCAGCCACCCAGAAGAUUUUCUUUGGCAAAACGGGAACAAUAUUUGGUAUGGUUGCUGUCAACUUUGACGGAACAGUUGUGACCAACGAAAGUCCAGAAGCCAAGCCUCCCAUGAACCACACCAUUAAGAUAGAGAUUAUUGAUUGUACUCUAAUUGUCUGGUUUGAGUACUUGGGAAUAGAAGUAUUUCAUGAGGUUAAUCUGUCUGAUGCCGCUAAAGCUAGAAUACAAAGAGGCGAGGGAGUGGGCAAGUACUUUGAUAUACAUAUUGAAAAUGGGAAUAUAUCAUCUUGCUUUGGAGUGAAAUUUGAUGAUGGAACAUAUGGACACACCGAAUGGGAGGAACCUCUGCCAGUGGGUUUCAAACUAGCUGGUAAUAAGUGCCCAUUCAAACUUGGAUUUACAAGACCAGCUUUAUAUUAUGACUUUGGCUAUUGUGUAUUUGCAUGGACAUACUCUGACUGGAUAAACUACUUGGCAAGUGGUGUUGUGCCUCCAAAUCCCAAUCCAGAUACAGGAUCCUGGGCUGUGUUUAAAGAUUGGUAG